UUUUCUGAACCGUUUCAUUUCAGAGGUUUACAAACGAGGACCACCUGGCAGUUCAUAAACACAAACAUGAGAUGACAUUGAAAUUCGGCCCGGCGCGCACCGACUCGGUCAUCAUGGCAGAUCAGACCCCGACGCCGACUCGGUUCCUGAAGAACUGCGAGGAGGUGGGGCUGUUCAACGAGCUGGCGAGCUCCUUCGAGCACGAGUUCAAGAAAGCCUCCGAGGAUGAGGAGAAAAAGAGCAACGCAGCCCUGGACAUGUCGCUGCCCUCCACCCCAGACAUCAAAAUAAAGGAGGAGGAGCCGGUGGAGGUGGACUCGUCCCCCCCUGACAGCCCUGCCUCCAACCCACGGUCACCGCAGAGCAAGGAGAAGGAGAUCGCUCCCAAGCCUGUGAUCAUUUCCACGCCAACACCAACCAUCGUGCGCCCCGGAUCGCUGCCCCUGCACCUGGGCUACGACCCCCUGCACCCCACGCUGCCUUCCCCAACCUCUGUCAUCACCCAGGCCCCGCCAUCCAACAGGCAGCUCGGGUCACCCACAGGUUCCCUUCCGCUCGUCGUGCAGCUGCCAAACGGGCAGACCAUGCCUGUCCUGCCCGGCCCCCCCAUGCAGAUGCCGUCUGUGAUAUCGCUGGCACGGCCCGUGUCCAUCGUGCCCAACAUUCCCGGCAUUCCCGGGCCGCCCAUCAGCAGCAGUGGCUCCGUUUCCCCGUCGGGUCUCCCCGUGCACUCAGAAGCCAAAAUGAGGCUGAAGGCCAGCUUGACGGCGUCUUCCUCGCUGAACGGCAGCGGCCUGGUGGUGGGCUCAGCCAGCACGAUGGUGACGGCGCGCCCAGAGCAGAGCCAGAUCCUCGUCCAGCACCCCGACGCUCCAUCGCCAGCUCAGCCUCAGGUUUCCCCUGCACAACCCACUCCCAGCACCGGCGGUCGGCGGAGGCGGACGGUGGAUGAGGAUCCCGAUGAGCGCCGGCAGCGGUUCCUGGAGAGGAACAGAGCUGCUGCCUCGCGCUGCCGGCAGAAACGCAAGCUGUGGGUGUCUUCCUUAGAGAAGAAAGCCGAGGAGCUCACAACCCAGAACAUCCAGCUGAGCAACGAGGUGACGCUGCUGAGGAAUGAGGUGGCUCAGCUGAAGCAGCUGCUGCUGGCUCACAAGGACUGCCCCGUCACCGCGCUGCAGAAGAAGACCCAGGGCUAUCUUGGUGAGCGCCGCCUGCUGCUGCUGCUGCAGGUUGAACCACAGCAGGGACCACAGAAGGAGGGUUUUGUGGUUUUGGGAACCUCAGGCUUUGCCCCGUCUCCUCCUGAUUGCUGUUCUCCACGUGCAGCUUCACCCCUCCGUGUGGCCUUUUUGUCCCCAUGCUGGGGGAUGUGGCCCCCACCCAGCAGCUCCGGGCAGCACUCAGAGCACCUCAUGUCUUUAAAACCCAUCUCUGCUCUGAAAGCAGGGUCAGGAACGGGCAGGUUCUGCCAGUGACAUCCUGGGGCUCCAGAUCUCCUUCCCUGUGACAUCAGAGAGCUGAAGGCCUCGUUUUUAUCUUCCCAUUUUCUUCCUUUCCUUCCUCUUAGUUUUUAUACCACCUAUUUCGUUCUCAGUCCGCCUGGCUGCUUCCUACCUCAUCGUGUUUUAUGCAGAGACCUUUGGAGGACUCUGCCCCCCUUCCCCCUCCAUUCCCUUCCCAACUUUCCAGUUCCCAUGGCAGUGUUACGUUGAAGCCCUCAUCAGCUUCAUUUCCAGAGCUCGCUCUCUUUUGCCCAGUUGUAGCAGUGGGGGGUUGGGGUGGAGCUGUGACUCCUGUUGGGCUUCAACCCUUCAGUUCUGGGCUGAGAGGUGAGCGUUCAGGAAUCACAGAACCAUGGAAUGACAGCAUGGAUGGGUUGGGAGGGUCCUUAAAGGACAUAGAACUGUGGGAUGGCUGGGUUGGAAGGGUCCUGAAAGGUCCAAGGUCCAUGGAAUGGUUGGGUUGGAAAGGUCCUGAAAGGUCAUAGAACAUGGGAUGGUUG